UCUACAGCAAGCGCGAAGGGACAAAUCCCCAAACCCCGCUGCGUCACUUUGACGAGAGGUGUGCGGCUAGCCGAAACAGUGGCGUUCACAAUGACCACAACAAUCUUUUGGGCUUUUAUAAGAGUCGUGGAUUAAAAACUGAUCAGGAAAAUGAUGCUCUAUGUGUAAACCUGAGAAGAAGACUGAAACUCAAAAGCACUGCAGGUUAACCCGGGUGAGAGAGCUGACAGGAAUGCAGUAAGAUGGCUCUGGAGCAGUUCAGUGAUGUUGUACAGAGAUGUGUAAGAUCACAGAGGAACACGUUCAGGAGGAGAACUUCUCUCCGGACGACUUCGACCUGUUCCGCACGGCGGGGAUGAGCUGCAUCCAGCAGGGACACAGCGCUCACGUCCUCAGUGUCGUCAUCGACGAGAGAAAUAAAAGUAUCGUGCACUGCAUGGGCUGGAACCUUCUGGGGCCAUUAGUCAAAGUUUUGCUGAAGAAGGAAGAGAAGAACUUUCAUCACUGUCACGCCAUCUUCUGUCACCUGCUGGAGGUGUGCAGUCCUAAAGAGCUGCUGGUUGGUCUGCUGGAGCAGGUGGAGGAAGCUGAUCCUGAUGCUGUGGCUGAAACCAUCACUCUGCUGCUCACACCUUUACAGACAGUUCUGUUGAGAUUGGGGAAGAGGAAGUCCUCGACUCUGGGCAUGGCUCUCUCCACGGUCCUCAAUCAGGUGUCCAAACUUCCUGUUCCUCAGAGCCGAGAGCAGGAGGAGGACGACGUGUUCGGUCUGUGUCGCUGCUGCACGGCUCUGUCCCACUUCAUCCGGCCCUUUGUGGAGGAGAUCAAGGAGAACAUUCAGGAACGUCGUUUCUCCAGGGAUGACGAGCUCCGGGUGGAGAUCAUGAAAUUCUGUAUGAGGAGUUUGAGCGAGCCUCUGCUGGACGUCCAGCUGAAGGAUCCAGACACGUUAGAGACAUCUCCUCUCAGAGACUUUGCCACCGACAUCCUGGUCACACUGUGUAGUAUCGGCGAGUCUCUCCUGGACUUGUUAUCCCACAAUCUCAUGCGGAAGCGCGACAUUCCCGGAUUCCUGGAAGAGGAGGUCCGAUAUCCGAAGGAGUCUCUGGCCAGCUUGGCACAUCUACUGUUCGUCCAUCACAUCGCUAUGGACAUGUUCCCCUCUGUGCUCAGCCCAGUUUUUGUUCUUCAGUGUAACAUGGACUACGUCGACCUCCUCCUCAGCAGAACUGAAGAAUCCCGGCUGCAGAAGGGGCUGGAGCUGUAUGAGAAGACGCUGGUGCGAGUGGAGGACUGCAGCCUGCCCUGUGACCUGCUGGAUUUAAAAGCUUUUUUAAACGUUCCACAGAACAUGGUGAAGGUGAUGACGCUGUGUCCGGUUCAGAGCGUGAGGACUAAAGGACUCUCCGUGUUCCAGCUGAGCAUCGACAAAUUUAACACUGAGGCCAAAUACAAGUUUUUCAGGUGCAUGCUGAAAACCAGUGAGCACGCAGGAGUGGAGGGCUUCAUCAUCAAGAACAUCAAGAACCAGAUCGAUCUCGCUUUGAAGCCCGGUCAUGAGAACGACUGGUUCCUGGGGAAACAUCUCCUGCCGUUACUGCGCCAGGUCCUGAGUCUUCCUCAGGGAGCAGAAACUGACCUGCUACACAAUUUAGACCGGAUUAUGGAGUCAUUGAACCUGCUGCGUUAUCUCCUAAUCAGAGAUAAAGAACGGCACAACGAGACUGGAAUAUGGAGUGAGCUCUGUACGGUCGAGGAGAAUUUCCUGAAGCCCCUGCGCACGGGCUUGAACAUGUCCCGAGCUCAUUACGAGGCGGAGCUGAAGAGCACAAAGGAGAAGAAGAGGAAGAACAGCGCAGCAGAGUCUAAAGUGCCGACCUGCACGGUUACCGUCGGCAACGACACGUUACCCAACAUGACUCCUGAAAUGCAGCUCCAGGUGCUGCAGUCUGCACUCUACAUGUUCGAUUUGAUGGAGAGCGUCUUGGCCCGAAUCGAGGAGAUCGCCGAAGCUAAAGGAGAGACGUAGCCGUCUCGGACCGGACCGGACGGCGAUCUCCUGUACGGGAGCUUUACAACAAACUUCAGUUCAUAAAUCAUAAACACCGUUACAGUGAUAGAAAACACUCAUCAGGACACAGCCCUUAUCCUCCGUACGAGUAGCUGUACGACAUACACAACACACAGAGACUCGUGUGAAUCGUUUUCAGGAGCGACUCGGCGAAAAGGAAUCGUUUGGGCAACGAAAGUUACGUUUUUUUUUUAUUAUUUACAGACAGAAGGCUGGUGAAAUAUCUGACACACUUCUGAACAAACAAUGCAGGGUUAGAUUUUGUGCUGAAUGAGCCAAAUGUAUUUAAAAAAAAUCUCCGAGUAGAAAGUUUGCCUGUAAAUAUCUAAAUGGAUAUUUCUGGACAUUUAAUAAAGCUCCCUUUUUCUACAA